AUGGAUUCCGCCUCGAUCCCACCGCGGCUGGGCCACAUGCACGACCCCGACCGUCGACAACACUUCCAAAUGCACCCGUCUGCGGCCCUGCAAGAUGCGGCAUUGUUGUCGGAGAAGCCUCCUCGACGUGCCCUGCCCGACUCGUCCCGCCCGCAGCCGGCCACCGCCUCAACCGACGACGCGCUCAACAGCGGCCCAGAUGCCGCACCAACCUCGGGCGACGCGACUGCGAAUCACCUCCGCCCACCACACCAUCACCGCACCGCCGUCCAUGACGACCGCGACCGCAACCACCACAACCACAACCACAAUUACCAACAUCCUUACCAGCAGCUCUACCAGCCUGUAACGCAGCAGCGCCAACAGCAGCAGCAGCAACAACAACAGCAACUGCAACAGCACGAUGCCGCCCGCACAAUAGACGCCCAAUCAACGACCAAAACACCACUUGUUGUUACCUCUGCUGCCGCGGACUCCGACUCCCACCGCGACCGCCCCUCCUCUGUAUCACAGGAUUCUACAGUGUCCGCCGAGACUGCCAACGUCUUUACGCCGCCCGCCAGCCAGGGCGAUAUGCCAGGAGGAAACCCUAAUGGCCACACCUCCAGCCAAGAGUCCCAAUUACUCCAGCUGUCCCAUAUCGCCGCCGCCCAGGACAAACUGGCCGAGGACAACGUUUUGGCGACGGCCCGCAAGCGUAUGGCCGAUGGCGCUCUCAAGGAGCACACUUCCCCUGUUCGUAUGGGCCAUUCCAGGAACACGAGUACCUGGUCCACCGACCUUAAGACGCGCCUGUCAUAUGCUAUGCUCAAGGUAAACCACGGCUGGCAGUCUAACUCGAUAGACGAGGUCGAGUCCAUGGCCUCCCAGGCCGCCUCCCCGGCCUCGAGCCAUUCAACAUUACAUGGCCGCCAAGACAUGUCGGCGAGUCCCCGCGCAAAUAUGGCCCGCUACGUACCUACUAGUGCUGCCAGCGCUGCCACCACGGCGAGCUCGAAUCCGAGCCCGGCGACCUACGAGUCCUUCUGGAAAGAUACCCAGAGAUCUGCCCACAACUCAACCUCUCCGCCAGCACCGGCGCCUGCCGCGAACGCUCCCACCCUCGCGCCGCCGGCUCCCAUCCAGCCGUCAAGGCCAAUGGCCAACCCGCGCCGGAACUCGAAUCCUCGCUACACCCCGACCCUCCUCUCACAUUCUCACAGCGCGUCGCCGCACACGCCCGGCCAGCAGAACAACAAUGCAACGCCAAAUCAGAGGUUAGGCCGGACUCCGCUCAUCGAUCCCAUCCUCUUCUCACCUCACCAAAACGUUAGGGAGCAGGACGCCAUCGAAUCUCUCAUUUUCAUGAGCAGCCCCGGAAACUCGGCCAAUAUGAAGAACACCUAUCUGUCGUCCAUGGCAUCCAACAUUCCGGGCCGCCACGCCUUGCCGAGCUCCCAGCCGCCUCGAAAAAGCCUGCCGUCUCAGCGGCCCCUAGCACAAAAACGCGUCGGUUUCGAGAGGAGCCCUGGGGGCAUGACGGCCGUGAGCGACAUGGACGUCGACAUGGACUCGCCCCAGUCGCGCGGCCCCGUGAGAAGACGAAUCAACGGCAGCGCGAGCUUCUCUGCGGGGACCCGGCCCAGCACAUUACGUCCUCAGCUCUCCCUCCCGGCGGCUCUUGGCAGCACGUCACGACCACGGCCCCGUUUGGCGGAUGCCGACAUUGAGCGGAUGAUUGACCAGGCCGCCCAAGCUGGGGACAGCUCAGACGACGAUGACGGCGAGAUCCAGAUCCCGGCGAGAAGCAGGCAAGGGGGCGGCCCCGUCGGCGGCCCCGUCGGCGUCUGA